AUGAAUACUCUACACAAAGCGUUCUUCUCGAUCUUUAUGAUACUAUGGGGUAUCCUCAUGUUCGUCAACGUGGCUAGUAUCUCGGGCAGGACAGCAAGGACAUUUGGACGGCUUCGCUUCUGGUCAAUCAUCCCUCUCUGGCUGUAUGGACCCUUGGUGGUAUUGAAUCCAUGGUGGAGGCUGGGGCAUUUAGACAGAGGACGUCAAUUUCUUGGCAUUUGGUUGACAAUAUGGCCUCUCGUCAGCGCAAUAAUUGCGACAACAUGCAAGAGUCAAGGAUCUCUCGGCUCAUGGAACUCAUCGCAACGAAGUCGCGGUUGCUUUUACAUCUUGUGUGUCGACUGGGCCAUAAUUCUCUUCUUAAUUGUGGAAGUCUGCCGGGACCCGAUACCUACAGGAUCAAAAGACUGGACGUUCGGAGCUAGUCUUGGGAAGAUCAUGACCAUGUUCACAAUCAUUCUUCUCGCUGGUCAAGACGUUCUGUUGUUUCCCCUCGCCGCGUUCCCUCGCUUCAUCAGCGUCCCAGUGAUCGUACUCAGACGAUGUUUCCUCCCAAUACAACAUAAACCGGUCAAGCGCUGGCCGCAUGAGAUCAAUCAACUGUUAUCGCAGAAGCCUCCAGGUGGAGAGAGGUCCCUAGCCAUCAUGCUACAAAACGACGAUAUUGCUGAGCGAGUCGCAAGCCACCUUCACUACGACGACAUGGUGAACUUGUCGCUCACAUCCAAAUUGAUGCGCACCACAAUCUUCUAUCCAUCGAUGGAUCCAGACUCUCGCCGAGACCGAAUAGAGUCGCUAUGCGUAGCAUCGUGUAUCAAAGGGAAGAAGAGCGAAUGCUGGUCAUGCGAACGCGUGAUCUGCGACAGCCCCGAAACAACGAAUACGAUCGUCCCGGAUAAAAGAUCAUUUUUCGCAUUGCUACGCUGUUUGUACAAUGUGCUACCUGAUUUCCGCUCCUGGCGGUGCAGCUCCCUUCAAUGCGAAAUGGAACAUGCAAGAUCUCGAGAUGCAGCAUAUUAA